AUGGUCGACUCACUGAAACUAACUCAACCAAAAAUACUUGCCCCCUCACCGCCUGCUCACCGGACGAACAGACGAACAAGUUGGAUCAACAACCACCUUGACUCGACCACACACAUCACCACCACCACCACCAGAGCUAUAAGACAGCUCUGCUCCAUUCCCACGAAACUCAUCAUUACAAACAACCUCACACAACCAACUACCACCACCACCCAACAUGCCGAAGAACAAGGGAAAGGGAGGAAAGAACAGGCGUCGCGGGAAGAACGAGAACGACAAUGAGAAGCGUGAGCUGACGUUCAAGGAGGACGGUCAAGAGUACGCCCAGGUGGUCAAGAUGCUCGGAAACGGACGCCUAGAGGCCAUGUGCUUCGACGGCGAGAAGCGUCUAGCCCACAUCCGUGGAAAGCUGCGAAAGAAGGUCUGGAUCAACCAGGGAGACAUCAUCCUUCUGUCGCUACGUGACUACCAAGACGAGAAGGGAGACGUUAUCCUGAAGUACACCGCCGACGAGGCUCGUAAUCUUAAGGCCUACGGCGAACUGCCCGAGAACGCCAAGAUCAACGAGACAGACACAUACGGCCACGAGGGAGCGGACGAGUGCAACUUCGAGUUCGAUUUGGAGGCCGGCGAGAUCGAUAUCGAUGCUGUCUAAAAAGUCUUUUCGUUUGCAUUGCGGGUUGGACUGGGUCGGGUUUGGGCUGGAAGGCGGGCGUAUCCAAGUCAUUGAUUGUACUGCAAGCGCGGGCGCCAAUAUGAGGUGCAUGUAGACUGGUGAUACAAAACCACCUGCUCUGCUCUGCCAACUGGGUUGAGGUUGAGAAAGCAAGACCUAUACACAUACGAUUCUCUAGACA